CGGCAAGGUUUUGAAAUGUUUGUUUUUCUUUUCUUCCUCACACAGCAAUCAUUUGCAGAGUUAAGCAGGCCUAUCUUGCUCCAGAUAGCUGAGUCAGCCUACAGGUUCACUUUGGGCUCAAUUGCUGGAGCUGUUGGUGCUACAGCAGUAUAUCCCAUAGACCUGGUGAAAACUCGUAUGCAGAAUCAGCGCUCCACUGGUUCAGUCGUAGGAGAGUUGAUGUAUAAAAACAGCUUUGACUGCUUUAAAAAGGUUUUGCGUUUUGAAGGCUUUUUUGGUCUUUACAGAGGCUUGUUACCACAGCUGAUAGGUGUUGCUCCAGAAAAGGCUAUUAAGCUAACUGUUAAUGACUUUGUCAGAGACAAAUUUACUAAGAGAGAUGGUUCCAUCCCACUCCCUGCAGAGAUCCUUGCUGGAGGCUGUGUAAGUAUCUAUCCU